GUAUAUAAUGGGGUUUUUUUUUAACUCACCAUGUCCGGAUUUCUCGAUGGACUGCGAAACCCUUGAAACUCAAUUGAAGAAUUUCUAUUGAAGUUCGGACGAUUGUCUCGGAGUUGCUCGUGGCUAAGCCAUCAUUUUGUCAACUGAAUUCACAGCAUGUCUGCUUCGGUGACACCUGCCAAGAGACAACAUGAACAAACUUUUGCAGAGGUAACGGGUAGAAGGAAGUGGCAGAAGUCAUCAGCUUCCGGAUUUGAUAAUGCAGCAUCAGGUGGACAUUCUUCCAACAAAAUUAUAAGGUUACUUUGCCCUGCUGCCAAAGUUGGUGGAAUUAUUGGAAAAGGUGGCAGCAAUAUAGCUCAAAUACGCCAAGAGACUGGAGUAAACGUCCAUGUUGAGGAAAGUGUUCUUGGAUGUGAUGAAAGGGUGGUGGUUAUUGUAAGUUCUGACAAGGAUAGCAAAAUUGUAUCUGAAAAGGAUAAGGCAGAAGUUAACAAGGCUAGGACCCCUGAAUCAGGUGAAAAACCUGAAGAACAUCCAGAAGCUGACGAAAAACAGGCUGUUUCAGCUGAAAACACCCAAUCAGAAAAGGAGAAAGAAAAGGAAACUUCAUCUAUUCAGAAAGCUUUGCUGAUUGUAUUCGACAAAAUGGCUGAUGGGUUGUCUGAGACAACUGAAGGAGAUGAAGAAUCUACCAAGUCGCCAUCAUCUGUUGUUAGGCUCCUUGUCUUUUCCGGUCAAGUUGGCUGUCUGUUAGGGAAAGCUGGCAGUGUAAUAAAACAAAUGUCAUCCGAAAGUGGAACGCAGAUUCGCAUUCUUCCUAAAGAUAAGCUGCCUUCUUGUGCAUCUUCAUCUGAUGAACUGGUUCAGAUCUCUGGCAAGCUUGAUGCCCUCAGGAAAGCACUCCUGGCUGUUUCGCAGCAACUGAUUGAGUAUUAUUCUCGUAACCAUGAUACUUUCUCUGCCAACAAUGUUGGUCCACCCUCACAUUCCUUUGGCCCUCCCCCUAGACAUGAUCGGUAUCCCCAUUCAAAUCAUCCUUUCCAUGGACAUGGUCCACCGCCUUAUUCUGCUGGACAUCAUGAUGGUGACGCCAGUGUUCCUGGUAGAGUGAAUUUUCGUCCUGAGAUCCUAACCUUCCGAUUAUUGUGUAGUGAGGAGAAGGUAGGUGGUGUUAUUGGAAAGGGAGGUUCUAUAGUCAAGGGACUUCAGCAUGAGACAGGCUGUGAGAUCAAGGUCCUAGAUGGUGAAGGCAAUUCCGAUGAUCGCAUAAUUAUCAUAUCUGGCCCUUGCUAUCCAGAGGAUGGAGUAUCUGCGCCACAGGAUGCGGUGCUUAGAGUACAAGCCAGGAUAUUUAGAUCUGCACCCGAAAGCAAGGACAAUACCAUGAUAGCCAAACUCCUUGUCACUUCCAAUCAAACUGGAUGUCUUCUUGGCAAGGGUGGUUCGGUAAUUGCUGAGAUGAGGAAGUCAUCUGGUGCCUACAUCCGUAUUCUGGGCAAGGAUCAAGUGCCAAAGAAUGCUUCAGACAAUGAAGAAGUUGUCCAGGUAAAUGGGGAGUUUGAGGCCGUUCAAGAGGCUCUUUUGCAGAUAACAUCCAGAUUGAGGAACCAUUUCUUCCGAGACUUGUUUCCACCUUUGGACCACCCUCCAAACCCAGGAUUUAUGGAGCCAUUGCCCCCAAUGCCUCCAUAUCCUCCAUACAUGGGCGGGAGGGAAUUUUCACCAUCGGGAACAUUCUCCAACCGAGGUCCUCCAUUUAACAAUUUUGAUGGCCCUGGUGGCCCUCCACCAGUGGGUGGUUUCCGCCCACGUGACGAUCACCCUCCUUUUGCUCCUGAUUUUCCCAGGCCAGGGUUCCCUCCUCACAUGCCUGAAAGAAUGGCACCUGCAGCACCAUGGGGCCCACCACAGGGACCAAUGGAACCUACAGGCCCUAUGGGAUACCCAGACUAUCAAGGUCUUCCUCAAAGAAGACAUACUGGAUUUGGAGGGGGAAAUCAACAAGCUGUUAUUACAAGCACGACUGUGGAAGUUGUUGUUCCCCGCUAUGUCGUUCCAGCAAUAUAUGGGGAGGAUGGUGGAUGUCUGAGACAAAUUCGCGAGUUUUCGGAUGCAAAAGUAACUGUCACUGAUCCCAAACCCGGGUCUUCGGAAACUGUAAUCAUCAUAUCUGGAACACCUGAGCAAACUUACGCCGCGCAAAGCCUCAUUCAAGCAUUUGUAAUCUGCGAGACGGAAGCUUCUUAAAGCCCAUGGCCUUGUCGGUUGGUGGUAACGACAACUCUUGAUGUCAUGGUACAUCCCCUCCUGACCGAAACAGAUUUUCAGCUGAACUAUGUUUAUUUAUUCAUUAACUUUUGGCUAGCUUCUGUUAGUACUUACAAAAUGGACUCCUUUCCGAGGGAAAAAACCCGGUAUCUGAUGCAAUAAGGACUUCUAUGAAAACUGAUACUAUGCUAUAUCAAAUAGUCAUCCAUUUGAUUGGAUGUGUCGAUUAUUCA